UCAUUGAUCUCUCCGGCUCCAACUCCGACCGACGACCCUUAGUCGUCGAGGAAGUUGCACACGCUGCUCGUGAGUUUGGCUUCUUCCAGAUAGUCAAUCAUGGCAUGCCCAUGGAGGUCCUGGAUCGAACGAUCACGGCAAUGAAAGCGUUCCAUGAGCAGCCAGCGGAGGUGAAGGCGAGCAUCUAUCGAAGGAAAUCUGAGACUGGGGUCGUCUUCUUCUCCUCCAGCAGUCACUUGCUUCCCUCUGACGCAGCUUGCUGGCGGGAUACACUCCGGAUAAGGUCGGGUCCUAUACUAGAAGACAAGGAAGAAAUACCAGAAGUGUGCAGAAAUGAGGUGAUGGAGUGGAAUCAACAAACCCAACACCUCGGAGCUGUCCUGAUGGGACUGUUGAGCGAGGGGUUAGGAUUGAGUCCGAGCAAACUCCAAGACAUGACGUGUGUGGAGAAGCGAAAAAUGUUGGCACAUUACUAUCCCUGUUGUCCCCAGCCUGAUCUAACCAUGGGCCUGAAGUCCCACACCGACACAGGCGUGAUCACAGUGGUCUUGCGGGAGCAGGCCGGCGGGUUGCAGGUGAAGCACGGCGAGGCGUGGUUGGAUGCGACGCCCUCUCCGGGUGUUCUUAUCGUGAACAUUGGCAACCUUCUCCAGGUCAUGUCCAAUGGCGAGUACAAAAGUGCGGAGCACCGAGUGUUGGCCAACCCGGGCCCCGUACCGCGCUUGUCCGUGUCGGUUUUCUACUAUCCGCUCGAAUGCGACGACCAAAUCGGACCAAUCCCGGAGCUCGUUUCGCCGGAGAAACCUGCUGCUUUUCAACAAUUCAACCUUGGCGAAUACUUGGAAAAUCACUUCAGGACAUGAUAUAAGAGGCAUAUAGGCUAACAUAGAUGGAGCAAGAAUAAGAUUUUCCCUUGUUAUUGAUAAGAAGCAAUCGUCUAUUAAGUUGUAAGUUCGGUUUGGAUUCGCGAGAGUUUCAAGCCAUUGUCCUGGUUCUGGUUCUAAGACUGUGUGCGCCUAUAUUUAAGAAUGAGUCAUCUUGUUUCCUCCACAAUAAGUCGGUAUGUCUGACAAUAGGAACAUUAUACUACUUCCUCAUCC